AUGUCGCCUACAGAUCAAGUCAUUCUCAUCACCGGAGCUUCAGGCUUCGUAGCCUCGCACAUCGUGCACGAUUUCCUCCGUGCUGGGUACAAGGUCCGCGGGACCGUCCGCUCGGCUGCGACGGCCGACAAAGUCCGCCAAUCGUUUCCUCAAUAUGCCGCCGAGCAGCUGUCCUUGGUGAUUGUCGAAGAUGUCGCGCAACCGGGAGCCUUCGACACCGCGGUGGAGGGCGUCCACGGGGUAAUCCACACGGCGGCACCGUUCCAGGUCUUCGCCGUCGAGGACAACGAGCGCGACCUGCUGAAGCCGGCCAUCGAUGGAACCCUGAACAUCCUCCAAGCAGUCCACCGGCUUGCCCCCAAGGUCCAGCGCGUCGUCCUCACCUCCUCCUUCGCCGCGAUGGCGGAUCACAGCAAGGGCCGCUGGCCCGGCCACGUCUACUCCGAGCAGGACUGGAACAACACUCCGUACGAAGUCGCCGCCGCCCCCGGGGCACCGGCGGGGCUAGCCUACUCAACCGCCAAGGCGUUAGCGGAGCGGGCGGCGUGGGACUAUGUCCGCGCCAACCAGCCCGGCUUCACCAUCGCGACCAUCCUUCCUCCGCUGAUUUACGGGCCCAAUAUCAACGCCACCGCCGAUCUCACCCGGCUAAACACCAGCUCCAUGGACCUCUACCGGCUGAUGGCCCCGGCAUCCCGGGCCAGCGAUCCUGUGCCCGAGAAUCUGUUCUGGUCGUUCGCGGACGUGCGCGACGUGGCGCACGCCCAUCUGCGCGCAUACGAGGUGCCCGCUGCCGGCAAUGAGCGCUUCUUCAUCUGCACCGGCAACUUCACCUACCAGCAGUUCCUCGAUGCGCUGCGCGCGGGAAUUCCCGAGAUUCGUGACCGCGUGCCGGUUGGGAGGCCUGGGACCGGCGAGGUCCCCUCGGACGUGUACACGGUCGAUACGUCCAAGUCCCGGAGGAUCUUAGGGUUGGAGUAUCACUCGCUGGAGGAGACAAUUGUUGAUGCGGCGCGGUCUCUUCUCCGGCUUGAGAAGGCGGAGCGGGGGUAAAGGGUUUGGCUGUGUUGCUGCAGACUGAGAGAGCCUGAUUGUCGAUGUUUCCUUCGGACAGCCAUCACUCACGACUGUUAUUUUUGUUCUCA